AACGGACAUGACCAAGCUCGCUGGUGUUCCUGCCGCGGUGCGUUUCGCCUCCCAAUUCCACACCCACCUCGCUCUCCAAUGACGAUCUGCGCGGCCGCUAUCAGAUUGACCGUUGGCCACCGCCCGCUUGAGGGACGGGUUCAUGGCCGAGCCGUCGCUCCCUCGUUGGGCUGGCAACCGAGUAGGUCGGAAGCCAUCGUCGUCGCGGCGGCGAGGAAACCCAUCGAAGGAGUCGGCGAAGAACUCAACGCUGCCGCUGCGCAGAACAUGGACUUCGCCCCCGCCCGCCGUCGCGUCCGAGAUGCCUUCGCCGAUGUCCAGGGCCGCCUCGACCAUUUCUUGUUCAAGAUGGCUCCAACUGGAAUCCAAAUGGAGGAGAGGUAUGACAUAAAUUCCAAAGGAGUGGAGAUAUUCUGCAAGAGCUGGUUGCCGAAACCAGGUAGUGCUUGCAAGGCUGCCCUCUUCUUUUGCCAUGGCUACGGUGACACAUGCACAUUCUUUUUUGAAGGUAUUGCAAAGAGGAUUGCGGAUGCAGGCUAUGCAGUCUUUGCCAUGGACUAUCCUGGCUUUGGCCUCUCGCAAGGCCUGCAUGGAUAUAUUCCCAGUUUUGAUGGAUUGGUUGACCAAGUCAUUGAACAAUAUGCCAUCAUCAGAGCUAUGAAUCGGGUAAAAGAACUGAAUCACUUCCUAUUGGGCCAAUCAAUGGGUGGUGCUGUUGCUCUUAAAGUCCACUUAAAGCAACCGGAUGCAUGGGAUGGGGUUCUUCUUGUGGCCCCUAUGUGUAAAAUUGCAGAAGAAGUGACACCACCAGGACCAGUUUUAAAGGCAUUAAGUCUCAUGUCAUACAUUCUACCUGAGGCAAAGUUGUUCCCCCAGAAAGAUCUAGGAGAUCUAGCAUUCAGAGAUCCCAUGAAAAGAAACACGGCAGAAUUCAAUGUGAUUUCAUAUUGUGACCAAAUGCGGCUAAGAACAGCUGUUGAGCUAAUAAAGGCUACACAUGACAUCGAAUCACAACUGGACAAGGUUUGUUCACCAUUGCUCAUUCUCCAUGGGGCUGCGGACAAAGUUACAGACCCAAAAGUUAGCAAGUUCCUCUACAGCAAAGCUAGCACAAAAGAUAAAACCCUAAAGCUUUACGAAGAAGGCUAUCAUGCCAUCCUAGAAGGAGAGCCAGACGAAAGAAUCGCAAGUGUUAUUCAGGACAUUAUAUCAUGGCUAGACUCUCACUCUGCAAUGAUUUAAUUCAUUGUUUCUUGGCACUUGCAAAUUCUCCAUGUUCUAUCUUUUUCUGCUUUUCAAUAGAUUUGAUGACUUAAUUUGUCGUUAGAGUUGUCGAUGGGCAGUGGCCAUUCUGUUUACACAUGGCUGUGGUACCCGGUUUGACAUGCUUGUGAUUGAAUUAAAGGGCUUGUUUUGCUUUUCA